UUGGCGUUUGUCAUCAGAAUCCGAGGCAUCAAUGGAGUAAGCCCAAAGGUCCGCAAGGUACUGCAGCUCCUUCGUCUUCGACAGAUCUUCAAUGGCACCUUUGUUAAGCUCAACAAGGCUUCCAUUAACAUGCUGAGGAUCGUGGAACCGUACAUUGCAUGGGGGUACCCCAACCUGAAGUCAGUAAAUGAGCUCAUCUACAAGCGAGGCUAUGGCAAAAUCAAUAAGAAGCGGAUUGCCUUGACGGAUAAUUCCUUGAUUGCUCGGUCUCUUGGUAAAUUUGGCAUCAUCUGCAUGGAGGAUCUAAUUCAUGAGAUCUAUACAGUUGGGAAACGCUUCAAGGAAGCAAAUAACUUCCUGUGGCCUUUCAAAUUAUCUUCCCCACGGGGUGGAAUGAAGAAGAAGACAACUCACUUUGUAGAAGGUGGAGACGCUGGCAACAGGGAAGACCAGAUCAACAGGCUUAUUAGACGGAUGAACUAAGGUGUUGCCCGUGGUAUUUUUGUAAUCUGGUCAGUUAAUAAACAGUCACAGCUUGGCAAA